AUGUUUGCUUCGCCUGCUAAUCAGUCUAGGUGGUCUCUUGGAAUCCUGAUCUUCGAGAUGCUUUGCGGCUUUACACCGUUUUGGGACCAGGGGUCGCCCGUUAAGAUCUAUCAAAAUAUCCUUCAGGGCAGGAUAAAAUUUCCUCCAUAUCUUCUUCCUGAUGCCGUCGAUUUACUUUCGAGAUUGAUAACAGCGGACCUCACCAAGCGCCUGGGUAACCUGCACGGCGGCUCUGAGGAUAUCAAGAAUCACCCUUGGUUUGCCGAAGUAACCUGGGAUAGGUUGCUGAGGAAAGAGAUUGAUGCGCCAUAUGUACCCCCUAUCAGAGGAGGACAAGGAGACGCAAGCCAGUACGAGAACUACCAAGAAGAGGCAGAGCCGUAUGGCCAGAGUGGGGAGGAUCUUCACGGCCAUUUGUUCCCGGACUUCUAG